GAAGAUGAAAAAAGUACUAAAGGAGAAGAAGAGCCAGUUCAGAGCAGAAACACUGAGCAGACAUCAGUGAGGGGAAACAAGCAGCAGAUUCAGCCACAAAAAGAAAGAAAGACUUUGUCCUGCGGAGGAACAGACAGACCAAAUCCAAUGAUGUUUGUUCUGAUCUUGAUGUUCUUUGCUGUCACAGGUCCAUCAGAGGUUUCCUGCAGCAAAUGUACAACAACCUCUGUCACUCUGCAUAAAAUAAAUAUAACAGCACAGGUUGGAGGCGAUGUUGUUUUACAGUGCUCUAUUAAACCAGCUCAUAACGUCAGCAGUGUAGAGUGGUGCACAAAUAAUCAUCUUAAUGAAUGCCAACCAAUAUUUCACUCCACUGACCAAAACAACACUCAGCCAGGGUUUAAAGGAUGGGUGUCACCUUGGGAGCAGAAAAAGAGUAACUGCAGCAUCAUCAUGAAGAACUUCACCAUAUCAGACUCUGGAUUAUAUCAAGUCAAAGUUAAAGAAGAAAAUAAUUGCACAGCUGAAGCAAAUCUUAAUGUUAAAGUUACUCCAAAGAUCUUGAAUGACUCUUCAUGUCACAUUGAGUCAGAGGUCCUGACGUGUGUGUGUGUCAGUGAGGGGGUUCCUCUACCCACCAUCGAAUGGUCAGUACAGAAGGGGCACACUAAUUUCUCUGUCAUGACCAAUGUGUCAGAGUCCAGAAUCACCAGCACCCUGACUGUGUCCAUGUCAGACCACCAAGGUCAGACCAACGCCACAGUAGAGUGUGUCAGCAGGAACGAUGUCGGGAAGGAUAAUCGCAACUUCACCGUCAAGUUAGAAAUAGGUGAGUCACAUAAACCAUACUCUCUUGAGAAAUUAUGGGAGGACUUUAAACAUCUGGAGUUCUACUUUCUGCUUUUGACUGGAUUUGUAAUCGGCAUAUUUCUAUCAGCGAUUGUUGCUUGUUUGGCAGUAAAAUGCCACAGAGGCAGAGACAAGAGAACAAGAAAUCAGUUCGAAGAUCUGGAGAUGGUGAAAACUCUCACUGCUACAAAGGUGGAGGUGGAGGUGGAGCAUGAUGGCAUCCAAGACCAGGAGACAGCAGAAGGGUGCACAGAGUCUGCUGGGCAGUCAGCACCUGAUGCAGAUGUGGAGCCCAAAGAGACUGAGUACUCAGACAUUGACUUCUCUAGACUAUCACAUAGGAAUCCCACAGAAGCACAGGAGAAACAGGACACCAAAGAGACUGAAUAUGCUGAGAUAAAAACAGGAAGGGAAGAGGGACAACUGGAGAGGGAGGAGGGUGAAAUACAGGAGGUCAAUGAUGAGGAGCUGAUGAUGAUAAAGCAGGAUGAAAAUCCUAAAGAGAGCAUGGUAGGUGAGGAAGCAUUAGGUGAGGAUGUGCUGUUGUGCUCCAGCGGGAAAGAUGUAAUAAAUUAGACUUCAGGAGUGAAGGUGAAUUACAUAAGGACCGUCGUUGGUCCGUGUACGUUUGCCUGAACAUACACGGACCAUCAUUUCUUUUCUAUACUCAUUUUAUUUGUUAGUUGAAUAUGCAAAUGCUUUCGGUAUGCUUGUGGGUUGCAGAUUCUUAGAAAACCGCAUGCAGUUUGUUGCAACAAAAAUACAUUUGGGUAGGAGUAAGGGUGGAAAUAUACGUUGUCAGUACUUAUUAAAUAGAAAAGUGAUGAGUUGGAAGUGGAUUGGGAUGGAGAUGGGUUUCUCAUGUGACAUGUUUCCAUGUAAGGAGUUGUUCCUGUCCUGAGAUUAUCUCAGUUAAAGAGGCCCAUGAUGUUAGCCACUCAGCUACUCUGUUUAUUUUCCACCCAAUACAUGCUAACCACAAUAUGAGGCAGCACCUUUCAGAGUGUACAGUGCUUAGCUAUGACACAGCUUUUCAGCAGCAAAAAAAAAGGAAAACAAAGACAUAUAUAGAUCUACAGUUAUGUUACUACAUAUGUAUGACAUUAAAAAGAAGAAAUCUUUGUUCCUGUUUGAGAUUGAUGUAUUUGUAUGCUUACAUGUUUUUAUGAAUAUAACAGAAUAUAUGUACAAUACUCAGGAAUUUAACAGAUUUUUGUACCACUUGCAUUUUUUAAUACAUGUUUAAAAUGAAAACAGAUGCUGUUACAUUUCAGUAAACUUAAAGUGAAUUUAGAAUUACUGGAGUUGAGGACUCAUUUCAGUUCUUCUCAUUUCUAUGAUCUUUUUGUAGUCAGUUGAAUGAGAUAGCUUUUACUAAUUUUAGCAAUAUAAUGUAGAAAGCUGACCACCAUGGUACCAGACAAAAAAAAAUGAACUUUCCUCUAAACUCUUAAUAAAAAGCUGUUCAGUGCAGCAGGUAAGAGAUCAUAUCAGAUGUCUUUCCUUUUGUGGACAAAAAGGUAAAAGAAAAAAAAAGUUGCUACUCAACAACACAACAACACCCAUUUAUGGGAAAAUGUUCGGCUCUGGUUCCUCUUGGUGGACGC